UUCCCUAACCAAACCAUCUACUGAUCAAAUACGUAGUUGUCACGAAGAUGGGUUCCAUCCCCCAUGUAGUAGAAGACUUCCAAGGCGUCCUCCGAGUCUAUAGUGAUGGCUCCACCCUCCGAUCCGCCACCCUACCCCUCGACAUUCAAGUCCACGACGAUGGCUCCGUCAUCUGGAAAGACUGUUGUUUCCACAAGGGGCAUAAUCUCCAACUCCGACUCUAUAAGCCCGCAGCGGAGUCCAACGCCACUUCCAAGCUCCCGAUUCUCUACUACCUCCAUGGAGGCGGCUUCUGCGUCGGCUCUCGCACGUGGGCCAACUGCCAUAACUGCUGCCUCCGCCUGGCAUCUGGGCUUUGCGCCCUUGUGGUAGCACCAGACUACCGGCUGGCACCGGAACACAGGCUGCCAGCAGCCAUGGAGGAUGCUUUGACGUCCCUCAAGUGGCUUCAAGCUCAGGCUUUAUCUGAAAAUUGUGAUGCAUGGUUGAGUGACCAAAGGGUUGACUUGAGCCGGGUUUUUGUUGUGGGUGACUCGUCAGGAGGGAACAUGGCACACCAUUUGGCAGUUGAGCUGGGGGCAGGUUCGCCGGGGCUUGACCCAGUUCAGGUACGAGGAUAUGUGUUGAUGGCUCCAUUUUUUGGGGGUACAGUAAGAACAAGAUCAGAGGAGGGUCCAGGUGAAGCCAUGUUGAACUUGGAGCUCCUUGACAGGUUUUGGAGGUUAUCCUUACCGGUUGGUGACACAGCAGACCACCCAUUAGCGAAUCCGUUCGGACCUGCCAGUCCAUUGCUGGAACCACUGGAGCUUGAUCCAGUCUUAGUGCUGGUAGGUGGCAGUGAACUGUUGAAAGACAGGGCAAAAGACUAUGCAAAGAAGCUGAAAGACAUGGGAAAGAAGAUUGAGUAUGUGGAAUUUGAAGGAAAGGAACAUGGUUUCUUCACCAAUGAUCCUUACUCAGAAGUGGGCAAUUCAGUCUUGCAAGUUAUUCAAGGGUUCAUCUCUCAGAAAUUUGACAAGUUAUGAACUGUGUGUUUUAAAGAAACGAUGCAGUUACAAAUUAAGUUGUUAUUUCUUUUUUCUUAUUCUUUUUUGUUUGAAACUUAAAUAGAUGUUAAUUUGGUAGUAAUCUUAAUAGUGCUUGAUGUCAUUAA